ACUAAAAAUGACAGAGGCGGGGUCCUCCAACUGCUGCUUGGCAACAGCACCGCCCCCCGGCGAGGCGGCGUUGGGUCUGGAGGAGAGCACCAAGCUGCUGGGCGUGCAGGUGGUCCUGAUCCUGGCGUACAGCGCCAUCAUCGUGCUGGGCGUGACCGGCAACAGCCUGGUCAUCUACGUGGUCUACCGGUUCAGGACCCUCCGCACCGUCACCAACUUCUUCAUCGUCAACCUGGCGGUGGCCGACCUGCUGGUCAACACGCUGUGCCUGCCGUUCACGCUGGCCUACACGCUCUACGGCGAGUGGAUGUUCGGCCGCGUGCUGUGCUUCGUGCUGCCGUGCGCUCAGGGCGCCGCCGUGCACGUGUCCACCAUCACGCUGAACGUCAUCGCGCUGGACCGCUACCGCAGCAUCGUCCGCCACACCGAGAGCAAGAUGUCCAGGGACGUGUGCGCCGCCGUCAUCGCCCUCACCUGGGCCGUCAGCGCCCUCCUGGCCAGCCCCUUGGCCAUCUUCCGCGAGUACGGCACCUUCGAGCUCGCGCCCGGCGAGUCCCUGCAGGUGUGCGCGGAGAAGUGGCCGGAGGGCGGCGUGAACGGGAGCGUCUACAGCGUCUCCAUGCUGGUGCUGCAGUACGGCUUUCCGCUGGCUGUCAACUGCGUGGCCUACGUGCGCAUCUGGACCGCCAUGAAGAGCCGCAUGGCAGCGUGCAGCGGCCUCGAGGGGCACCACCGGCGCCGGCGGAAGACCACCAAGAUGCUGGUGACCAUGGUGGUGGUGUUCGCCGUCAGCUGGCUGCCGCUGCACGCCUUCCAGCUGGCGGUGGACAUCGACAGCAGCGUGGUCUACAUGCGGGACUUCAAGCUGCUCUUCAGCGCCUUCCACGUGGUCGCCAUGUGCUCCACCUUCGUCAACCCCAUCUUGUACGGCUGGAUGAACAAAAACUACAGGAGCGCCUUCCUGUCCGUCUGCCACUGCUACCGCCCCUUUAAGGGCCACGCCCGCACGCACAAAGGCACGCCAGGCAACGUCUUUUCGGGCUCCAAGUGCACCAAAGUCUGAGUCCGGAGAAACUGCAUCUUCCUCACAGG